GUGCAAUGCAGGCGGGUGGAGACCCAGGUCCUUGCACAAACAAGCUUUGGAGACAAACAACCCCAUGACCCUUUGAGGCCAGUUAAGCUCCAAGAAAGGACCCUUGGGACUGAACCCCACAGAGGGGCCACCAGACUGAGAGGACUCCAAAGAACGACCCCCAGACUGAAAGCCUGCUCCCAGACAGAGGGGUCUCCAGACUGAGGGACCACCACACAGGGGUCCCUGAGACACGGCCACUUCAAAAGGACCCCCAGACUGUGAGACCUAGAGAGGAAGGGGUUUCUGGAACUGAACAUUUCUUCCCCCACCUACACUGAGGUCAGCCCCGUGAGGACAUCAGCUCCAGCCCCAGGGUCCUAAUGGCAGCCGAACCACUGACUGAGCUGGAGGCGGCCAUUGAGACUGUGGUCACCACCUUCUUCACCUUUGCAGGGCAGGAGGGCCGGAAGGGUAGCCUCAGCAUCAAUGAGUUUAAGGAACUGGUCACUCAGCAGUUGCCUCACCUGCUCAAGGAUGUGGGCUCCUUAGAUGAGAAGAUGAAGAGCUUGGAUGUGAAUCAGGACUCAGAGCUCAAGUUCAACGAGUACUGGAGACUGAUUGGGGAGCUGGCCAAGGAGAUCAGGAAGGAGAAGGCCCUGGAGAUCCGAAAGAAGUAAAGCCGGCUGGCCGGGAUGGGGGUGGGCAUGGCAGGGCUGGGCAGUAUCCCACUCCCCACAAAUAAAACUUUCUCCUUGAAACACAGAUGUUUCUUACUCACACCCACCCUGAUGAUUUCUUUUCUUGGGACUAGGGGGUGGGAAAGCUCUGUCCCCACCUGAGGUUGGGUCCAAAAAUUAUGAGCUCCUUGAGGACCAGGAAUGUUAUUCAUCUUCAGAUACUCUGCAGCAUCAGAUCUUGUACAGGAUAGGUGCUCAAUAAAUACAUGGUUGAUGAA